AGCAUUAGUUAGAAUGAGCUCAGUGUGGCUAGAAGCAGUAAAGUCGUACGUCUCUGAUUGGAAGUUGACGCAGACCGGCUUUCUCAAUAUUGAAGGAAAAACAUUUCAGCUUGGAUUAGUCAUACAUAAUCUUGGAAGAAAUCGUUUGUGACGGACGAAUAACGUGUUUAGUUAGCAUAUUUGUUGGAUGAUCUGUGUCUUUUGUGCGUGCUUUUUGGAUUUUCGUUUUAUUCAGCCAACAUGGAACUGUGCCAUAGCCUAUUAUCUGUAUGUUGGGCUGGGAUGUAGGAUACGUAUGGCCAUUACUCGAAAGUGCAGUCGCUCCACAAUCCAACCGACCCCUUGAUUCCUGGCAGCUUGUGAUGGGCAACCCCCACGAAGCUGCACAGGCAAGCAAUGCAUCUGGGGAAACUUCUGCGACAGCUGCAGCAACACCAGCUGCGCCAGUACGUACCCCACCUGCAGCUGCCCCAAGAGUCGACCCACCUCCAUAUGAAAGUGUGGCCAACGAAUCCCCAGAACAAAGUGUCACCACAGCUACAAAUCAAACUAGAAACUCUUCUGUUUCUAACACUACAGUUGAUGGUGGUAGGAGGCAUAGAACUAGCUCUUCGGGAGCCACAAGGACUAGAACCACCAAUGGCGGAUCUCAAAGGAUGAGACCGCCAAAGUGGCCUCAUAAGGCAUCAUCUGUGUUUGCUUGUCUGAGUUGUGUUAUUGGUGUUUGCAAUGUGAGCAGGUUCUCCAUGCUUGUGUAUAUUUUUAAGGGAUGUUUCAUUUUUCAAUUUCUACUUUUAUCACUUCUCAUUGGCAUUCCAGUUUUAUACAUGCAAAUGGCUCUUGGCCAAUACUUAGGAGCUGGAAUGCUGGAUAUGUGGUUUAUAUCACCUGCAUUCAAAGGUUUAGGUUUUGCCAUGUUGUAUCUCUAUGUAUUAUUAGGAGUUUACAAUGCUGUACCUCUGUCUUGGCUCUUCAUUUACUUCAAAGAUUCUUUCAUCACUCUAAAAGAUUCAUACAAAUGGGGGCGAUGCCAUCACACAUUUGCAAGAAAUGCCUGUCUUCGAGCUCUAAACUCAUCAUCAGCAGACUUUUAUGGUUGGUCUGUUCCAUCUUAUUUUCAUGGGCGAAUUCUCGGAAGAAAACCUGGAGAAUUUCAAAUUGGAGAACUGAAAUUUGAAGUUGCUUUUAAUUUGUGCUUAGUGUGGGUUAUCAUUUUUGUCUGUCUAAGUCGAGGACCAAAGACUUUUGGUAAGGUUGUUUAUUUGUUUGGCAUGUUGCCUAUAGCCCUGCUAAUGAUGGUAACCAUGCGCAUGGGUCAACAAUGGAGUGAUGGCAUUUUAGAAAUAUUUGCUUCUUCGUGGAAACCUGUUUUAUUUGAUUCUUCUGCUUGGUGGCUGGCUGCCAGAGAAGCUUUCAUCACAUGGGGUCUAUUGGGAACAGUUGCUUUACAUAUCUGUAGUCACAAUAAAACAUCAACUAAUAUAACAAAGAACUUAAUUUCCAUUGCUGUUACUGCUAUAAUUGUGUUGGUCACAUCUUCUUUCUUGUUUGCUUGUGCUGCGAAUGUUUUUCAUAAAAGAAACCUUUCCUUAGCAUAUUCAUCUUAUGAAGAAGAAUCAUCUGUGAAAGCAUUGAAACCUGGGAUUUGGCACCAUAAAAAUGUUUCAGUGACAAGUCUAUUGUUUGGUGUGAGUGUUAUACCUAAGGAGAGUUUUGUAUAUCAAAGUGGCUAUCAGGUUUUGAGAUUAGCAACAGAAACCUUUCCAGCUGCUCUGGCUGUCGAAGGAGUUCGAAGCAUCUCAUCCUUUUGGUCGAUUUGCUUUUAUACAGCCAUGAUAUUGUUUGGAUUUGGACAACAGGUGGUGAUAUGGUAUUGUGUUGUAGAAUCCAUCAUAGCUGUUAAUUACAAAGUCUUCAAAGCUUGGCAUACAACAUUGACAUUUAUUACAUGUAAUUUAGCUUUCCUCUUAGGACUUCCAAUUACAUCAAAUAUGGGAAUUUAUAUUGUGUAUUAUUUGGAUUUCUGCAUCAGUUCUCUAUGGUGGAUAGUGUUGAUGUAUUUCAUAAUGUUGUUUGCUAUAUUAUUUAUUAGAGGUCGGCCAUUUGGCACUGAUCAGCUAGUCACAGUCAUAAGUCACAAUCCUAUUAGAAGAACAAAGCUCUUGCCAUUCUUUACUUUCAUGUGGAAUGUCGUUCUUCCUCUGUCUUUUCUGAUGCUGACCAUAUCAUUUUUAAGAACAAGCUCCAUUGACCCCAAUUCUGCCAUGGGAGAAUUGAUGGACAAUUACCGAUAUUGGCAGCAAUGGGCCAAAACUUUGAAUCUUUGUAUUCAGAUGUUCCCUUUGGUGCUGAUUAUCACUGUGGGGGCAUACCAAGCCUUCAAGGUUUUUGCUGUGAGAAGUGAUAAACCUUUUAUGGAGCGCCUGAAGCUUUUGUGCUGCCCAAUGGUUCCUCUGCCUUCAUCAAACUCAAGGCAUUCCUACAACUCAACUUCUUCCAUGAGUCAAGGAUCUACUAACAGUGCAUUCCUAGAUGACCCUCCCCCUAAAUACACACCACCUCCAUCAUACUCUACAGCCACUUCUCGAAUGUUGGCCAAGCAGUUGGACCUUCAGAACCAAAACUUGGACAAUGCUUGCAGUGUGGACAUGAACUUGGACAACGAUCCUACGUCUACUGUAAAUUCCAUUGAGCGAAUUUUGCCGCAGCUGCAAGACCUACAAAGGCCACCCGUUAUUCGAUGACUUUUGAGCUGAGAUUAUCUUGACAAUGAAUGCAGCUUGGUUAUUUUUCAUGAAACUUCAUUAUAUACUUACCAGCAAAUCAAAUUGUGCAGUGGAUAUCCAAGUGAAUUCAAAGGCAACUGGAACGUUUAGGUUUCUGAUUUCAAUGGUGUAAAGGAAUAUGACUGGCUAUUUAUUACUUGAUAUGUGGAUUGUAAUUGUUCUAUUUUAUAUUAAUGUGGUGUUUUUUAAUGUGUAAGUGUGACUAUGUGAUUAUUUUUUAAAUCUUAAAAUACCUUACCUUAUUUUAUAAAGAAGCGUACCAUUAAAUGGUAUGGCAAGUUUUAUAAAAAAAUUUCUAUAAGAAAGUUUAUUAAAAGCUAUUUAUACUAGUCUAUAAUUUUCUGUGAUGAACAUAUUUAUGUUUGAUAAAUGUAUAAAAAAUAUUACAUUUAUAAAUGUCUAAUAACACAUUUAUAAAUGCAAUUUUAACAUGGAACAUAAAUAUUUUCAAAACAGGUAUUUGUUGUUUGAAUGUAAUUUGAAAUUUAAUAAUCUAAAAAUUGAAGUUAUUGUUUUCUAUUUGAAAUUUAAUGAAACAUUUUUCUUAGUAAUGAAGUGAUUUUCAAAUGUUUGUUCUAUGUUUCAAAUGUUAUUUCUUUUUAAAAGAAAGUUAAACACAUGUUAAAGUUUGAUUUUAAUAUAUUAUAAAACAGCAUAAUAUCUUUUAUAGAAUGUUUUUAAUUGUAAAACUUGAAAUUAAUUCAAAUUUUGAUUGCAUAAAAUUAUGAAAAGUAUACAAUUUAUAGAAAUAUAAAUUGAAAUUUUCAGUUAAAAAAUAUUAUAUUGAUUUUUUGUCAAUCAGAUAAAAAUCUUUUAUGCAACAAAACUAAAUAUUUAUGGCAUAAAAUUAUUAUUAAUUAGGCUUAGUAAAUAAACUGAAAUUUAUCUUUAACACAUUGCUUGCAGGAAAUGCACUUACAAAUCUUUUGCAGUCUGCCUCUAAAGUAUGGAUAACGUAAAACUACAUAUUUAAUGAAUUCGUGCUGGAGAGCCUGCGAUGUAUAUAAGUGUGCAGUGAAGUAUACCAGCAUGCAAUGUGUUAACUAAAAAUGUUCUGACUUUUUGACUAUACUCAAUAUACUUAGCUGAUUUAAGAUAACUUUAAUAUGUUUCAUUGUUAUUUCAGUUAUUUUUGAAUUGCAUGAUAAAUGUACUCGAACAUUUUACCAUAUCAGGUAUUUUAGACUGCUAUAUCAAUUUUUCACUCCAGGUAACAUAUCAGAUCUGUAAUAUUUAACUUCACAAAUGAAAUUAUCGAGUGUCUGGGAAAAGGUUCAAAAGUAUAGGUAGCACACAGGAUCAAUUAUAAAUUUAAAUUGAAUAAAAGAGAGCAACUCUUUAGAUUUUUUUUUUUACCAAUAAGUACCAGCCAGAAUUAAGUUCGAUACCAGCUCCGUAGUGACUUUGCAGAUGCCAAAAAUCAAUCUUUUAUAUGGCAUGCUAUAUGCAAUAUUCUUGAAUCAAUUAAUGAAUUGAUAUGGAAUUUUAAUUUAUCUGGGAAAUGAAAUUUUCAUUAGUAGUAUACAGUUGUACAAUGAAGCCUCUAGCAACAGGGUCAUUAGUGAUAUUAGAUCUGGAAAUCUAGGAGACCACAUUCGUAAUGACAGUAAGUAUGUGACGAUUGCUGUCAGCAACCCAAAAUGGCUGUCGUAAUCUCCAUGCUCGGUAAAUUUUAAAUAAAAAUAAAUUAAAUAAUUAAUAUAAAUAAAAAUAAAUUGAGAAUUUUAAAUAAAAAAAUAUUAAAAUUUUAAUAGAAAAAUGGCUUUUUAAUAGAAAAAUUGCUUAUUGUUGGUGCACCAUUUGCAUAACUAAAUGGCUAUUUUGGUAUAAAUUAUUACUUUUUAUGCCUUUAAUCAGGAUACCCUGUUCCGAAUUAACAAAUGUAAUUAACACAACUUGUUUGUUUUUACAAAUUUUUGUAAAAAGUGCCUGUAUUAGGUUAAUAAGCUGAUGUAUAUCAAUGGACCACUUGACAUUAAUUUUUUUUUGAGUAGUAAGAGUUGAUAAAGUUUACUGGUCACUUUUGUAUAACUUUACAUUACUGCUGGUCAGUUUCCUCAAGCACUGCCUAUGGCAACUUUGCCAUUCAUUGUUGUAUGUUUGGUGUUCUUAUGAUGUUUAUGUACCUAAAGAACUCUUGUGCCACAUGUAAAAUAAUACUUGCGAUUUGCUAGUGGUUACAACAAGUGUUUUGUAUUAUUGAGCAUUGCUGGUAUUUUCUGAACUUUUGGUUUUUCUAUCAAUGAAUCGAUCGUCUUGUACAGCAACAGUUUUAUUCUAGUGUGAUAAUUUUUGUACAAAUUUUGUGUCUUUUUGAGGUGUAAAGUCAAUAAAAGCAUUAUUUAAAGUU